ACGGCUGUCGGCUGUCUCAUAUAUUUUUAGUAAUAUUUUAUUCGCAGUGAAACAGUAGAAAAUCGAAGAAUGGAUUUAAAAAAAUCGUGUCGUUGCUGUUUAUUGCGCCCUCCGGAAAAAAACUUGAAGAUGCCGUAUUCUUAUUUGGGAAAAACCGAGAUAUACGCGGACAUGCUCAAGGAAUGCUUCGAGAUUCAUUUAACAACACAAUCAAGUGAUGGUCUCUGUGGGAUUUGUGAGGUGUGCGUGGGACGACUGCGGGAUGCAAGCAACUUCAAGCUGCAAGUGCAGCGCAGCCAGGACCAGUUAAAGGCGAUGCUGUGUGAACCUAUGCCUGUGAAAGAUGAAGAACUCUCCGUAAAGUCAGAAAUGUCGGACGAUGUUGUGAACAACGAGCCCCCCAUUCACGUAGAAGUAAAGCUUGAGAGCACGGAGGAUCCUCUGCCGAACGAUGAGGACAAUGUCUUCAAGGAGUUUGUGUUAAACAUGGGGCACAGAGUGUCAGAUGUUUGGAAGCCGGAGCCACUAUUCGAAUUCGCCCCUAUCUUACCCUUCGCUGGCCCUUCUAUAAGCUCCCCGAAGCUUGAACACGCUAAAAAUAACACGAAAAAGCGACACGUCCAUUCUCAAUCGAAACAUUCCAACACUUGCGACAUUUGCGGGAAGCGGUUUAAACUGAAAACUGCCUUGGCCAACCACAAACGUCAACACAAGGAAGACCGCUACAAAUGUGAAGAAUGUAACCAACAAUUUAAAUUCAAAUGCCACUUAGACAUACACAGCAAAGAUUCUCAUGAAGGCAUAAAACCAUACAAUUGCAAUAUUUGCAACAAGCGAUUCGCACACAGACGCGGCUUAUACAGACAUGUAAAAGUGACGCACAAUAAAAAACGAUUCCAAUGUGAAGAAUGUAAUAAACUAUUUACAGAUGCAUCAUAUUUGAACAAACAUAAACUCUUACACAGAGGUGAGAUGCCAUACAAUUGCGAUAUAUGUAAAGCUAAAUUUAAAAGCAAAUAUAUUCUGAUCUCACAUAUGGGGAGACAUACAGGACAGAUGCAUUAUAGUUGUAAAUAUUGUUCGUUAAAGUUUUGGGAUUACAAGAGUUUAUUGUAUCAUAGGAAAAUACAUACUAUGGGGGAUAUUGAAAGUUAUUGCUGCGAGGUGUGUCACAAAGUUUUUACGAUUAGAGGGAGUUAUAUUAGUCAUUUAAAAACACAUACAGAACGGGAACCGUACCCUUGCGAGUUCUGUCCGGCGAAGCUAACGACUUUGGGCAGUUUGAAGCAGCAUAAAAAAAGACAUACUGAAGAGCGGCCAUACGCUUGUGAAAUAUGUAACAAGCGGUUCCGAUUCAAACACAACCUUAAGGCUCAUAUACCCAUACACACUGGUGAGAAAUCACACUGUUGCGAAGUAUGCGGGAAGCAGUUUGCGCGGCAAGACAAUUUGAAGACACAUUUAGAAACACAUGUAGUAGGGAUUUCGUAUUCGUGCGAGCUUUGUACUAAAUCUUAUUCGACUAAAGAAGGUUUACGACAGCACAGGCGAUCUCACACGAAGAAGAACGACUUAACUAAAUCUUUUAGAAAAAAACAAAAUAAAACGACUUCAAUGGAUUUUGAUCAAGGUGCAAAUGAUAUACAAAUUAUUCUUCAUUAAGCCUUUAUAAGGAAUAAGGGGGUCAGGAAUUAUAAAAUUAAAUACUUUAUUGCGAUUAACAUUGUAUACAGAAUGGUAGGCACAUUAUUGUACUUUAUGCAAAAUUGAACCCAAACCCUUUGCAAUAAAGUUCAAAAUCAGGUGGGAAAUAUAUACCAGCUGCCAUAUAAAGGCGUAAAGCACAUCGCUUUCUGGACGUAUUGAAGUCAGCAGGGGUAUAAAAAGGUAGAAUUUAAUAAAAAACAUACCCCCUUAUUCAUAAACGUCUACUAAAGUUGACAAGCCGCUAAUAAUCGUUUGUCCCUUUCCAUCAUACCAGUACGUCGGAAAGGGACAAACAAUUAUUAGCGGCUUGUCAACUUUAGUAGACGUUUAUGAAUAAGGGGGAUAGUCUAUAUGGCAGACACAGAGUACUCUCACACAUAAGGCAGAUUAAAUUAAGAACUACUUGGGCUCUCGCCCUCGCAAAAGCGAGCCAGUCGAAAUGAGAUCAAGGAUAUUAAUAUAUUGCACACAUAUGUAUAUUGUAAAUAAUAUGUUACUUAUAAUAGAUUAAAAAUUGAUGUAUUUUAUA